AUGGUAUCAUUUACCAGCAUUUAUAAUAAGCUGAGAUAUUCUAACGGCAAUAUUUCUGCUGAUUUUAAAACUCAAUAUUUAGAUCCCGAAAGUUCCAUCUUACUUAAAUUAAUUGAACUAAACACAACUUCUUCAAUUAAUUAUACGGAAGGUUCCCCUAAUAAAGAUAUAGUGCAAUUGGCAAAUGUUAUCUCUAAGAGUCUAAAUGUUAAUGCAGAAAGGUGUUUAAGCAUCAUCAAAGAGUUAAAUUUAAGAUUUUCCCAAAAAUAUGAAAAAUGCAGCAACAUUGACUUUUAUAAAGAACAUAUCCUUAUCGAGAGAAAUAAUAUUAUAAAUACAUUGUUGUUUUUACUCAACAAUGGAGAAAAGAAAUAUUUGGAUUUGGUCUUCAACAAUAGGUUAACUCUUUUUGAUGAAAUAUUGAAUCUUUUGGAAAAUAAAUUUAUGAAAUCAAAUAACCAUUAUGACACUACAUAUUGUAUCAAGCUAUUGAAAUUGUUAACCUUUAUUACUUUAAAUUAUGAUGAUUUGCCGCUCGAUAAAAUCGUGAUGUGGUUAGAAAAUAUUGUUUCUCUUGCGGGGAAUUUAGAAACCUCGCAAUUGGUUCAAAGCCUAAUAAUUGUUAACACUUUGUUGAUGCUUGGGUUAAAUACCAAAACUAACAGCAUAAAUAUUGAUUUACAGGUUUUUUCAGAUAGAAAACAAUUGAACAAAUUAAACACUACUAUUCUAACUAACCAAUCCAUUAUGGAAAAUCAACCAGUUCUUGUAUAUUAUUGGUCAUUUGUUUUGUAUUGUAUACAAUUUAUUUCUACAGAUUCUUCAGACCCUUUAAAAUACAAUGUACAUGAAUUAGCGUAUAUUGCAGAAAGCUCAAACGUGUUCCAAGAGUUGGGUAAGUUAGCCGAAAGUUUUAAAUUUGACAAGUUCUACAUGGUUAUUAUGAUAACCUAUUUGAAAAUUAUGUCUUAUUAUGUUCCAAUGAGUGCAACGGUUGCAAAAUGUGUAUCAACUUUUUUAAAUUAUUCUCCCUCCGAAAUAGUUGAAUCUUAUUUAAUUGAUAAGGAUUUCGAAUCACAGAUGGUCAUAUUAAGACAAAAAUUCCCACUAAUUAACGACGGCUUGUUCCCAUUUAUGUAUUUAGGUUCAACUAAUUCUGAUUUUUCCAAUUUUGAAUUAAGACAUUGCAACACUUAUGCGACAAAAAUUAAACUAUCCAGCUUUGCUUACGAUUUGGUCGAGGAUUCUUCAACUGUAAUUAUCUUAAAAAAGGAUUUGUUGGUUGUUCCACCACUGGAACUAAAUCCUGAUGUUCUAUUGCCCAUUCCAGAAGGCACCAUAGGGAAAAUAGUACCAACUUCAAUGUCAAAGGAGGGCGAUGAUGACAGUGAUACAGUUGUUAUAUUUAUGUACGACUAUAACGGCUGGUCCCUUCUGGGUUCCAUAAUACAAAAUUUACAAACUAUGUAUUUGUCAAUUGAUGAUCAUAAUAGGCAAUUCCUAAUCAGUAUUAUUGAUUUAUUGACCAAGAACAUUGCUACUUCUAUUGAAAGAGCCACUGACAUAUUACAAGAAACUUCCGCUUUCAUUACUAACGAAGAAGAUGUGGUGUCCGUUAUUUUCAAAAUUUUUGAGCAAGCUUUGCAAAAAAACGAUUUGGAUAUUUUAUGUAGCUGUACUAGGUUGAUGUGUUCGUUGUUACCAAAUUUCUCACACCUAGUUUGGUCUCAUUUGGUUAAGUCAUCGUUAUUAGAUAAAGGUGGACAAACCUUAAGUAACGCUUUAAACCACGAAUUAAUAUAUCGAGAAUAUGGCUUUACUUCAGUGUUGAUUGAGUUGGUUAAAGAAUUAUUUAAAGAUUCUUUACGUGUCAUCACAGAAUUUUCUGUGAGGACUAAAAAUGAAAUCUUGGAGAAAUUAAUCAUACAUUUAAUUCAUACUUACGAAAGCUAUCAAUACUGGGAGUUUAAAGAAUUAAGAUACAGGUUUAGAUUAGGAUCUUCCUUGGCAACUUUAUUUUAUAACAUCUUAUGCAAUGUUUAUAGUACUAGGUCCACCGAAAUUCCUUGCUCUAAUGUUAUUAUUGAUGCAUUUUUACAAUCCAAUUCCCCAGAUGUUCGCCCUGUUAACUCCUUAAUAAAGCUUUUGAAGUUGGAUGAAUCUGCCUUAGAAGAAUCAACAGAACUUUAUAAAUCAAUGGUUUUCAAUAAUUUUAAAUUGGCCAAUGUUCUGGUGCAGAUUAGACCCAUGUUAAAUUUCCCGCUUUCAACGUUAGAAAUGAAAAUUUUCCAAAAUGCAGACGAUAUUUUCAAAGUUUAUGCCUUACAUUACGAUUUACGUUGCUCCGUUAUUGAUUUAUUUACGAGUGUUGUUCAGGCGCCAUGGAGCGAAGGCAAUAUUGAGCCACCAUCGUUGUUGUCAUUUUUGAAUUCAUAUGAUUCCUUCAUUGCCUCUAUUUCAUACGAUAUUCAACUAGAACCUAGAGAUAUACCCUUUUCAAAAAGUGUGUAUCAGUUUUUCAGUAAAGUUAUGGAGAGUACCCAAGGUGGCUUAAAAGUUUUAUUAUUAACGGGCAGCAAAUCCCAGGAAGGUUCUUCCUUAAAAAUAAAUGAAAAAUCUUUAUUAAGUAUUUUGAAAAAACAGGCAUUAGAUAUAGAUACUUUAUCGAUAUCUGCAGCCACCAAUUUAUUAACAGCUAUAAUAUCAGCAUUAAAUGUUUGGCCAGAAUCAAACUUAAACACCUCCAACGAUUUACUAAUAGACAAACUUAUUGACAAAUUACAGAAAUUUGAACUAGCAGGGGAUGAUACAGCAGAUAAAUAUAGGUUAGUGUCCAAAAUUGCCGAGUAUUGUUCCUUCAAUUUAUUUACUAGUAAUUUUACACCAUUUAAAAAAUUGUUUGAUUCUCCAGCUUUCCCUGCUUUGGUUUCAAAAAUACUAGUCCUUGACAAUAAGAAUUGGACAGAUAAUGCUAUAUUGUCACCGUUUAAAAUGCAACAGCUUUUCAAUGAAAAUUGGACACAUCUUAAGUUGGAACCAUUUUUAAUGGAGGAUAACACUUAUAAUAUUAAACUUUUGGAUCAAGUUUUAGAUCAAGAUCCAAAGUGGAAACAAGAUAUUAGGGGGAAAGUCAUUGCAGCCUCCCUUGAAAUGUAUUAUUUUGCCUGCCAGCUUGCCGCUGCUAAGUCUGUUGGUGCUUUAAUAACUUCAUACAUAAGGAAAACCACUGUGCCCUUAAAUGAUUAUUUUAUUGAAGUUGUUCAAUUGUUGUUGGGAUUUAAUAAGAAAUCAACAUUGCCAGAAUUAUCUUUAGAACGUUUAGAAUUAGUUUUCUAUAUUUUGUAUUCAUUUUUUAAGACUAAAAAGAGUAUGCCUGAAGGUGCAUUAACCAAAUUUUUAUGUGAACUGAUAGAUAUUCCAAGAACCAAAGAAAUCGGUGAUCAUGACAAUGACAUGUUGGAUGAUUUGGUAAAUUCAACGAAUAGAAAUUAUUACCGAUCUACUCUACGUUCGAUAUUGUUGAUUUUUAGUAUGGCGCCAGCCACUCCAAGAUUUAUUGACAGGAUUGAUGAAGAGUUGUUAGUUUUUUUUGAAGAAGUUUUUGCUAAGGGUACAGCAUUGCUUUGUACCAAGAUUUUAGUUCAAGUUACCAAAACAACGGAUUUAAAAGAAGAUUGUUUUUAUGAUAAAAUCCAAGAUUUGAUGUUACUAUUAGCCCUAUUUAACAAAGUUAGAGAGUUGAACCCGCCAUUGAGCUUUAAUAUGAAACUUGCUGAUAUUCUAUCAAACUCUUCCAUGUUAAAAACAAUUGUAAAUUUGUAUUCAAGUUCGCAUUUAUUAAAAUCUAAAAAUAAUGAAGCUGUUUUGGCCGAUGUGUCGUUAACUUUUAUAUUAGAAUUAUGUCAUUCUGAACCAGUGUCCGAAAAAUUGAUCAUGAGUGGCUUAUUUCCUGUGAUCUUGGAAAGUCCUAUUUCUGUAGCUAUUCAAAAGGGGAAUCUAACCGGCGGAAAGUUAUAUGAUAUUUGGUGUAAUGGAUUAUUAUCGAUUGUUUUAAAACUAUUAAGUCAAUUUGGUUCUAAAGUGGUGAACGAAUGUUGUUUGUUUGCAAAAUAUUUUAAUAACCAAAUAACAUUUGCCAUAAAUAGUUGGUCCGAUUAUAAAAAUUUGACGGUUUCCACUGCUUUUAUCCAAGAAACAGGCCAAAUAAUUCUAUUCUACAAAAUGAUGAAUAUACUAAAUUCGCAUGUUACUUUACCGGGACUAAAUACCGAUGACCAAAGACAGGAUCUAUAUAAUGCUUUUGCAAAUUUUUUGACGCAUCCAAAAUUUUUGAAUUCUAGAUUAGUUGCAACUAACAGUGAGGAGCAAGAAAAACUAGAUACUUCGGAAUCCAGGGCUCUUUUUCUUAAACAAAUUGUUGAGCAAAUAAGGGAAUUGCAAGACUUUAUUUAUUCUACGGAAAUUUAA